AUGUCGUUAGAAUCUGUAAGCAAAACUGAUCAUCAUCAUCUUCAACAUAAGAAUAUUCAUUAUGGAAAGCCAUAUUUUGCUGUGUUGCUGGCUGCUUUUUCUUCAUUGGGCGGGUGGUUUUUUGGCUAUGAUCAAGGCGUUACUGGUGGUAUAGUUAUCAUGAAUUCAUUUAAAAAUGACUUUUGUGUUGGAGUGUAUGCCAAUACAAGUGGGUGUGAUCUUUCAAUAGCUGCUUUGCCUCCUGAUUACAGACAAUUUUUAGUACUUUUUACGUUAAUGUAUAAUCUCGGAUGUUUUAUUGGUGCUCUGUUCAUUUCUUCAUUUGUAGCCGAAAAAUUCGGACGUCGAGCAAUUAUUUUCACUUCAGCAGUUCUAUUUAUAAUUGGUACUUCAAUGGUUAUUUUACCACCGGGAGGUUCAAAAACGAUAAUGAUUUUCAUACUGAUUGGACGGAUUGUCGAAGGUACAGGCGUUGGUUGUGCUUCAUUUUCCUGUCCACUAUACGCUUCAGAAAUAGCUCCCACAAAGCUACGUGGUAUGCUUUCCGGCUUUAUGACAAUGGGUAUAGUAACUGGUUUGUUUGCUGCCAAUGUGGUCAAUUUCUUUUUUCAAAAUCAUAAAUGGGGCUGGCGAUUGUCAAAUGGUAUUAUUUUAAUUGCACCAGCUAUCAUUAUGGUGGGCAUAUUUUUCUGUCCUGAAACUCCUCGAUGGUUAUUCAAGAAAAAAGGUCGAGCAUCGGCAGAGAAAAGUUUAAAACGCAUUCGUAAAAUAUACGAUGUAACUGCUGAGUUAAACGCUAUUGCCGAUGCUGUACGAGAAGAAGGCAAUGAACUUUCAAUCAAAGAACUCUUUACAACAAAGAAAAUGCUGGAAAGACUUGGUAUAGGUAUGGGCAUACAUGUUUUUCUGCAAACAUCAGGUAUUAGUCCUAUAUUUGCAUUUGGUGGUAUUAUUUUCGAAAGCGUUCUUGGAUCAGGUAUCAUAUCAUUGUUGAUUUUGUCUGGUGCAAACAUGCUUAGUACUAUUCCAGCCUUAUUCUUGUUCGAUAGAAUCGGACGUCGAAAUCUUCUUAUAUUUUGUGGCUUAGCGGUGAAACCGACAGAUACAACAACAACAACUUUGUCGUCAACAACAAUAACAACAACAGAAGCGGUUUUAUCAACGACAGAAGCACCAUCAAGCUGUUUGGAUUCAAAUUUAAUUACAUUUGAAAAUGCAUCAACGUAUUCUAAGAUUCCAAACGAUUAUUAUGGUUUAAAAUGGACGAAUGCUUAUGUACUUGAUACACAAAUGUAUCCACAAUGGUCUGAAAGUGGCUUUUAUUCGGCUGUAAAAUCAGGCACAUGGGUGGCAUUUAAUAUGAAUGGUGAACGAAUGACAAUUCAUAUAGAUCCAACAAAUAAAUUUAGUAUUAAAUCAUUUGUUGUCUCAUCUGCAUGGAAGGAUAAUCUCACACUAUCAAUGAUUUCACAACGUGCAUCCACAUAUUAUAAGGAAGCAUCAUUUAAAAUAGAGAAAAAUCAUUCAACUACGAUUGAAUUAAACUGGUUUGAUAUUGACACAAUUACAUUUUAUGCAUCAAUUGAUAAUAGUGGGAAUGGAGAGGUUUUUGUUAUCGAUGAUUUAUGUUUACAUUUAAAUACAAAUUUAACACCAACACUAACAUCAACAUCAACAUCAACAUCAACAUCAGCUCCAGCAAUAUAUCCAUGUUCAUUAAAUGAAGUAUUAUAUCAAAAUCAUUGUUAUUAUUUGGACGGUAUAGGAGGACAAUGCUCGGAUGGUUAUAGUCUUGGAUCAGAAACAAUUUUAUCUCGUAUAGCUGAUUUAUUUAUUGGUUUAAAUUAUAAAACAACAAUUUCGGAUAACUGUUGUGUUGUAACAUCGGAGAAAUACUCAAAUUAUGGAAUUGCUAAAUUACAUCAAUGUAAUAAGCAAGGACCAUUUAGAAUUGUACCAGUUCUCAAUGGUGGUGGAUGCAGAAACUUUACAAACAAACAUUCAAAACAAUUAACAUUUUGUGUUAGCAAUUGA